CGAUUAUGGUCCGAAGAAACAGCACUUGGAAGACUCCUCCACGACAAAGUCUGACAGUCAGCUGUCCGGUUAUACACUGUGGAGAAACGCUGGAGGUCACCUGGUGUAAACUCUUUGACUCAGUCAACUGUGAACGGAUUCAUGAAACAAAAAAUGUGAAGAUAACACAGAAUCCUGAUAAGGAUAAGCUGAUCUCAUAUUUAAAUUUCAAGGAGAUUUCCAUUCAUGACGAUGGCAUGUACAGAUGUGGUUUACUAGGAUAUAAUGGCAGCGUAAUCAGCCAUUCCAUCAUCAUCUCAGUAUCAGACAUGUACCAGGGGAUUGAAACCCCCGAUAAUAAUGAUAAAAAUGCAGGAACAACACCGAGCCCUGAUCACAAUGAGGAUAAGAACUGGAGGCCAUACUUCUACAUUUAUUUUGGCAUAGUGCUUCUGAUUCUCAUACUGACUGCCCUCAUCUUCCAGAGUUUUUAUGACUGGAAACGAGCACUGACCUCCCCAGCAGCCCAGCCCUGUUCAAACCAGAUUUCAGCUUCAAAUCCAGCACUUAAAUAUCAACAAUAUUUCUCUGAGUCAUUGUAUGUGUGGGUCUGA